CACAAUUCAAAAGAGGUAGACAAAAUAUUCGAAUUUCGCAAAACUUCGUGGAAUCAGGCCUGAAACACAGUCACGCGAUAUAGUAGAUCACGCACAACAAUGAGAAGUUUUCUUCUACAAGCAGUUUUUUCACUCGUUCUUCUGUCAUUUCACCGUCAUGGAAACGCUACGAGAUAUCUUCCUUCAAUAGUCUGGGAUCACUACAAUCCUAUGUUGGCUUGCAAGUGUAAUUGGUUCAACAUUGCUCGCUUCGAGAUUUACGAUCGAUUCGACUUCGUGUGUCCAACUCUGCAACUCAGCGUUGGGUUGCUGGACAGCCAAUCAAGACCGAAAGCUCAUAUGAAUUACCAUAUACUCAUGAGAAAAUGGAAAGGUGGAACAGAUUACGAAGGCUUAAAUGAACUGAAGAGAAACAUGACGAGUGGAGAAUUUUGUAAUCCAAGUCACAAAGAAACACAAAAAUUAUACACGUGCAAAAAUGGAGAUGACAAUCAAGGUUACACUGUAAGAUUUGCCAGGGACAACGAUUUCUACAAAGGGGACUUGGUCGUCUUUUUCAGCAAUGAGGCUGACGGUCUACAGUCUGAUCUCACUUCAAGUAAAAAGCACUGUGCUAUGGCUUUUCUUGUGAAUGUGACGUGGGGAGCUCCCGUCAACUAUGAUUUCAGUUACGGAAAAAAUUUAGACGGUGAAAGAAAGGAAUGCAGUUUUAUCAACACAACAUGUUUUCCAUGUGAAACAACACCAACAAAAAUCACGACACUAAUCACAACGGUGGUGGUCUCGUCGACAGCAGAACCCAUAACAGCUUGUGCAACGGCAAGGGUAGCCGCGAAUGCAACAAGGAAUAUAAUAGCGGGUACAAAGACAGCGAAAAUAUCACCACAGACAACAGUGAAAACAACACCGAGCAUGACAACUGCAAAAGCAGCCGCGAAUGCAACAAGGAUUAUAAUAGCGGGUACAAAGACAGCGAAUACAUCACCACAGACAACACCAACACCAACAACAAUACCAACAUUACCAAAAUCAACAUCAAUAACAACAACAACAACAUUACCAAAAUCAACAUCAAUAACAACAACAACACCAACAUUAUUAAAAUCCAGAACUGAGCCUUUUUCUGAGGAAUGGGAUCGAUUCAAAUAUGGUUUCCUUGCGGGAAUUGCAGCAACGCUGUUCAUAAUUGCUCUCAUCGCAGUAAUAUCUCGCUGUCGUCCUGGACGCGUGAAAAGUGGACAAUUAACAAAUCAAAUCGGAGAAGAUAAUAAUGGUUUUGACGGCACUUUGAAGCAGCUCAGUGCCACGACUUCAGCUUAAAAAAAGCAAUUUUUAGAAUGCAUGGUCAUACAGAGUUCGAAACGAUUAAGUAAAAUUUAGCCGGUUCCCAUUACAUUUAGCAUGGGAAAAGAGGUCUGUCUUAAUUUAUACAAUAUUCAUUAUGUGAACUUUAUAUAUACGUAAAUUUGUAAUUAUAAUUCUCAUUUGUAACCGAUGUGUAUCAGUCAUAAGUAUGUCAAUAAUUGAAAUACCAUUUGUAAUAUAUGUAUAAAA